UGUGAUUGUUUUUGGCAUUGUCUCUUUUGGGGGACUUGUGAACAUAUUUUUAGGUGUGAAGCCAGUCUCGCUUGAGUACUGGUAAAUACUCUUCUCAUGACGUGUUUUGGAAGAGAAGUUGCAAAACUUGUUUAUAAGCCUCACGUAAUAUUGGUAACCGGAGGAGCUGGAUUUAUUGGUUCACAUGUUGUUUCUUAUUUACUCCACAAUUAUCCCGAAUAUGUCAUUAUAAAUUAUGACAAGUUAGAUUACUGUGCUUCGCUGAAAAAUUUAAGCGAUAUUGCUGACUUUCCAAACUAUCGCUUUGUUAAAGGAGACAUUUUAUCUGAAGAUCUCCUGAGUUACGUACUUGAAAGUCAUAGUGUGGAUACUGUCAUUCACAUGGCUGCACAGACUCACGUCGAUGCCUCCUUUGGUAAUUCACUAUUCUUCACAAAGACCAAUGUAUUAGGAACACAUACACUUCUAGAGUGCUGUAGAAGAUAUGGACGUGUUGGAAGGUUUAUUCAUCAAAGUACAGACGAAAUAUAUGGCGGAGAAUAUGAAGGAAUGAACACAGAGUUGAGUCUUCCAGCUCCUUCUAAUCCUUAUGCUUGUUCCAAAGCUGCAGCAGAAUUUAUUGCUGUUGGUUACUAUAAGAGCUUUGGACUUCCAGUUAUGAUUACUCGUUCAAAUAAUGUCUAUGGUCCUCAUCAAUAUCCGGACAAGUUGAUUCCCAAAUCGAUAUGUCUUCUUAAACAAGGAAAGAAGUGUUUUGUUCAUGGUGAUGGAAAGCAUCGACGCAACUGGUUAUAUGCUGAAGAUGCCGCAAGAGCAAUUGAUUGUAUCUUGCAUAGAGGAGUCGUAGGUGAAAUUUAUAAUGUUGGUUCGGACUUUGAAUGCUGUACUUUGGAUGUUAUUCGUGACUUGAUUUCACUUUUUGGUUACAAGGAUGGACUAGAAAGUCAUAUACAGUAUGUUCGUGAUCGCCCUUACAAUGAUCGAAGAUAUCGUUUGGAUAGCACUAAACUUCGAUCUUUGGGUUGGCAUCCACUUGUAACUUGGAAACAGGGUUUGCAACGUACAUUGGAAUGGUAUUCGAGUGACAAUAUACAUAACUGGGAUGGAUUCCAAAGAGGUUUAGUUUCACAUCCCAACCAUUUGACACAUGAAACUAGGAUUUCAUAAACUGCUACUGAUGAGGAACAGAUUCUGU